UUAGCAAAAGCUCGAACAGUUUACUUCUUUACCCUGGAAAGUCUUAUCAUCAUCAGUUCGUGUCGUUUGACUUUUUAAACUUUGCAAGGAAGGGUUUUGUGGUGGUUUGGGAGAAUUAGGCAAUUGUUGGUGAUCCGAUUUUUCUGGGUUUGGUUGGGUUCCUUUUUUAUUUUUUAAUAAAAAAAAAAAAUGGCGGGUCAAGAGGAUGAGUAUGAUCCAAUUCUUGACAAUAAAAGAGAAGCUGAAGCAAAAUCUCAGGUUUCUGUUGCUGCUGAUAAAAAUAUGGCUCCUUCUACUUCUGGUACUCCGAUCCACAGAUCAGGCUCUAGACCUCAGCUUGAUCUAAGCAAAGCCGAAAUUCAGGGGAACCUCGAGGAGAGAGAUCCCACCAUUUUAUUGCCUAAUCAGUCUGAUGAUAUCUCUCAUUUGGCUCUUGAUAUCGGAGGUUCUUUGAUAAAGUUGUUGUAUUUUUCACGACAUGAGGACUACUCUAAUGAUGAUGAUAAGCGGAAGAGGACGAUCAAGGAGAGAUUGGGUAUUACCAAUGGCAACUUGAGAAGUUAUCCUGUUCUUGGUGGUAGACUUCAUUUUGUCAAGUUUGAGACUCACAAAAUUAAUGAGUGCUUGGAUUUUAUUCAUUCCAAGCAGCUUCAUCGCCGAGAUCCUUAUCCUUGGAGUUCAAAGACCUUGCCUUUGGGGACUGGUGUUAUCAAGGUCACAGGUGGCGGGGCAUUUAAAUUUGCAGACUUGUUCAAGGAACGGCUGGGCGUUAGUAUUGAGAAAGAAGAUGAAAUGCAUUGUCUUGUUUCUGGAGCAAAUUUUUUGCUCAAGGCUAUUCGACAUGAAGCCUUUACGCACAUGGAGGGUGAGAAAGAAUUUGUACAGAUAGAUCCCAAUGACUUGUAUCCUUAUCUUCUUGUGAACGUUGGAUCUGGUGUUAGCAUAAUCAAGGUUGAUGGUGAAGGAAAGUUUGAACGUGUGAGUGGAACUAAUGUUGGCGGUGGUACCUAUUGGGGCUUAGGAAGACUUCUAACGAAGUGCAAGAGUUUUGAUGAAUUGCUAGAACUCAGCCAAAAGGGAGAUAAUAGUGCCAUUGACAUGCUCGUUGGUGAUAUUUAUGGUGGCAUGGAUUACUCCAAGAUUGGUCUCUCUGCUUCAACAAUAGCUUCUAGUUUUGGCAAGGCGAUAUCUGAAAAUAAGGAACUGGACGAUUACAGACCUGAAGAUAUUUCCUUGUCUCUGUUGCGGAUGAUUUCAUACAAUAUUGGGCAGAUAUCGUACUUGAAUGCCCUUCGCUUUGGGUUGAAGCGAAUAUUUUUUGGAGGAUUUUUCAUAAGGGGUCAUGCAUAUACCAUGGAUACAAUUUCAUUUGCUGUACAUUUCUGGUCUAAGGGAGAGAUGCAAGCUAUGUUCUUGAGACAUGAAGGUUUUCUGGGUGCUCUAGGUGCGUUCAUGAGCUAUGAGAAGCACGGAUUGGAUGAUUUAAUGUCCCAUCAGUUGGUUGAGAGGUUCCCAAUGGGUGCACCAUAUACUGGAGGAAAUAUUCACGGACCACCACUCGGUGAUUUGGACGAGAAGAUUUCGUGGAUGGAGAAGUUUGUGCGUAGAGGAACUGAAAUAACUGCUCCUGUACCAAUGACUCCAUCAAAAACGACUGGGCUUGGAGGGUUUGAAGUUCCAUCAUCCAGAGGUAGUGCUUUAAGAUCUGACGCCAGUGCUUUAAAUGUUGGUGUUCUCCAUCUUGUGCCCACAUUGGAGGUGUUCCCAUUACUAGCUGAUCCGAAAACGUAUGAGCCUAACACGAUUGAUCUAUCAGAUCAAGGCGAACGAGAGUACUGGCUCAAAGUUUUGUCCGAGCAUUUGCCAGACCUCGUUGAUACGGCUGUAGCAAGUGAAGGAGGAACCGAGGAUGCGAAAAGGCGGGGUGAUGCUUUUGCUCGUGCUUUUUCUGCUCAUUUGGCAAGAUUAAUGGAGGAGCCAGCUGCAUAUGGAAAGCUGGGGCUGGCAAAUCUCUUGGAACUUAGGGAAGAAUGCUUAAGAGAAUUCCAGUUUGUUGAUGCCUAUAGAAGCAUCAAGCAAAGGGAGAACGAGGCAUCACUUGCUGUUUUACCUGAUUUACUUGAGGAGCUUGAUUCGAUGAGCGAGGAGGCAAGGUUGCUUACACUUAUAGAAGGUGUUCUUGCUGCAAACAUAUUUGACUGGGGAUCUCGAGCAUGUGUGGAUCUAUAUCACAAAGGAACCAUUAUUGAAAUAUACAGAAUGAGUCGCAACAAGAUGCAGAGACCGUGGAGGGUAGACGAUUUUGAUGCUUUCAAAGAAAGGAUGCUUGGAUCUGGAGGUAAGCAGCCUCAUCGACAUAAAAGAGCAUUACUUUUUGUUGAUAACUCGGGAGCAGAUGUCAUUCUUGGGAUGCUUCCUCUUGCUCGAGAGUUUCUCCGUCGAGGGACUGAAGUUGUUCUAGUGGCAAACUCUCUUCCUGCUCUUAACGACGUGACCGCUAUGGAACUGCCUGAUAUAGUCGCUGGGGCUGCUAAGGUUUAACUUUCGAUUCUGUGCAGUGUUUAUGAUGUUCUUUCAUGUAACUAACUCUUUUGUUCGGUCUUUACUCUUGAAGCACUGUGACAUCUUGAGGAGAGCGGCAGAAAUGGGAGGCUUACUUGUGGAUGCGAUGGUAAAUCCAGGGGAUGGAUCAAAGAAGGAUUCAACGUCAGCACCAUUGAUGGUUGUUGAAAAUGGAUGUGGAAGUCCUUGUAUCGACCUCAGACAAGUCAGCUCUGAGCUUGCAGCCGCUGCCAAAGACGCUGAUCUUGUAUCUACAAAACCUUCUCUGUUUUCUACCUGACAUAAACUUCAAACACAUCAAAAAAGAGAAGCUUUGUUCUUUAUUUGAUGUUUAACAAUAUUGCAGGUUGUCUUGGAAGGUAUGGGAAGAGCACUUCACACCAACUUCAACGCUCAAUUCCAAUGCGAGGCUCUCAAGCUAGCAAUGGUUAAAAAUCAGAGAUUGGCUGAGAAGUUGAUAAAAGGAAACAUAUAUGAUUGUGUAUGCAGAUACGAGCCUCCCUCGCUUUAACAAUGUUAUGUAUCAUUUCUUCAACCUUUAGACUACUGUUGUAUACAGAUUAAGCAUUCGUCAUGUGGCAUAUGUAUUUUUAUUUAGACUACACUUUUACUGUAUAAAAUUGUAUUUGAAUGAAUCAAAAUCACUUGCUAUAAAGAGCAUCAUGAGGGUUCAGUU